AUGAACUCACGUUUCGUAAAUUGGGUACGUUUUUGGAAGGACAGUGAAUACGCGCGGCAUUAUGAGAACGCUGAAAAUUCCGGUCGCAACACGAAAAAUGCGCACGACAGUAUCACUCCGAACGAGCAAGGUGGUGUGAGCAAUUGUACUGAUACUAAUAUGCAUAGUGGUGCAACAGACAGCAUGAACAACGAAAACGAUGAAAUUUCUCGCGCGAGCGCAGAUUUCAACGGCGACAAGAGCUAUGUAAACAACGGAACUACUCGCUUUGACGCGAGUGCAGAUUUCAGCGGAAACAAGAGCGAAGAUUUCAGCGGCGACAAGAGCGCAGAUCUCAAUGGCGACAAGGGAACAGAUUUCAGCGGCGACAAAAGCCAUGUAAACGACGAAACCGCUCGCAUUGAUGCGAGUGCAGAUUUCAGCGGAGACAAGAGCGAAGAUUUCAGCGGCGACAAGAGCGUAGGUUUCAGCGGCAACAAGAGCGAAGAUUUCAACGGUGACAAGAGCCGUGUAAACAACGAAACUUCCCGCAUGGACGCGAGCGUAGAUUUCAGCGGCGACAAGAGCGAAGAUUUCAACGGCGACAAGAGCCGUGUAAACAACGAAACUUCCCGCAUGGACGCGAGCGUAGAUUUCAGCGGCGACAAGAGCGAAGAUUUCAACGGCGACAAGAGCCACGUAACCGACGAAACUGCUCGCAUUGACGCGAGUGCAGAUUUCAGCGGAGAUAAGAGCGAAAACUUCAACGGCGACAAGAGCUAUGUAAACGACGAAACUGCUCGCGUUGACGCGAGUGCAGAUUUCAGCGGAGACAAGAGCGAAGGUUUCAGCAGCGACAAGAGCUAUGCAAACGACAAAACUGCUCGCAUUAACGCAAAUACGGAUUUCAGCGGAAACAAGAGCGAAGAUUUCAGCGGCGACAAGAGCUAUGUAAACGACGAAACUGCUCACAUUGACGCGAGUGCAGAUUUCAGCGGAGACAAAAGCGAAGAUUUCAGCGGCGACAAGAGCUAUGUAAACGACGAAACUGCUCGCAUUGACGCGAGUGCAGAUUUCAGCGGAGACAAGUGCGAAGAUUUCAGCGGCGACAAGAGCUAUGUAAACGACGAAACUGCUCGCAUUAACGCAAAUACGGAUUUCAGCGGAAACAAGAGCGAAGAUUUCAACGGCGACAAGAGCCACGUAACCGACGAAACUGCUCGCAUUGACGCGAGUGCAGAUUUCAGCGGAGAUAAGAGCGAAAACUUCAACGGCGACAAGAGCUAUGUAAACGACGAAACUGCUCGCGUUGACGCGAGUGCAGAUUUCAGCGGAGACAAGAGCGAAGGUUUCAGCGGCGACAAGAGCUAUGCAAACGACAAAACUGCUCGCAUUAACGCAAAUACGGAUUUCAGCGGAAACAAGAGCGAAGAUUUCAGCGGCGACAAGAGCUAUGUAAACGACGAAACUGCUCGCAUUGACGCGAGUGCAGAUUUCAGCGGAGACAAGUGCGAAGAUUUCAGCGGCGACAAGAGCUAUGUAAACGACGAAACUGCUCGCAUUAACGCAAAUACGGAUUUCAGCGGAAACAAGAGCGAAGAUUUCAGCGGCGACAAGAGCUAUGUAAAAGACGAAACUGCUCGCAUUGACGCGAGUGCAGAUUUCAGCGGAGACAAGAGCGAAGAUUUCAGCGGCGACAAGAGCUAUGUAAACGACGAAACUGCUCGCAUUGACGCGAGUGCAGAUUUCAACGGAGACAAGAGCGAAGAUUUCAGCGGCGGCAAGAGUGCAGAUUUCAACAGCGACGUGAGCACAGAUCUCGGCGACGAUAAGAGCUAUGUAAAUAACGAAACUCCUCGCAUCGAUACAAGCGCAGAUAUCAGCGGCGGCAAGAGCGCAGAUCUCAAUGGCGAUAUGAGCGCAGAUCUCAGCGACGAUAAGGGCUAUGUAAAUAACGAAACUCCUCGCAUUGAUGCAAGCGCAGUUUUCAGCAGCGGCAAGAGCGCAAAUUUGCGUGAUAGUGAUAAAGUUUCGGACGAUAUCGCUUCGGAAAUUCUUCCAAUUGUAAAUGCCUAUUCAUUAAGCAGAAAUGUAGAAGAUGGACGACGCAGGAGAUCACGACCAGGCACAUCGUCGUCUGGAUUGAAUAGUGUUAAGAGAAAACGUAGAGAUAUCAAAAAUAAUCGUUUUAUUGGUUAA